AUGACUUCUUGUGAUUAUAAAAUAAUUCAGGCAUCUGUCAUCAUCAUUUUUACCGAUGAAGCAUGGAGCCCAUUAAUGAGAACUGUUCACUCUGUUGUCAAUAGAAGCCCGCCGCAGUUGUUGAAGGAGGUCAUUCUCCUCGAUGAUAACAGCCAGAGAGAGGAGCUAAAGGAACAUCUGGACGACUAUAUUCGCCGCUUCAAUGGCUUGGUUCGUGUUGUAAGAAAGAAUGUCAGGCAUGGUUUGAUUAGGGCCAAAUUAGCUGGUGCCCGAAUAGCAACCGGUGAUGUCGUUAUCUUUCUGGAUUCCCAUUGUGAAGCAAAUGUGGGCUGGUUAGAACCACUUGUUCAACGAAUUAGUGAAAAACGAGAUGCAAUCAUCUGUCCAAUUAUUGACCAUAUCGCAGCUGAGGACAUGCGCUAUCAUGGUGAUAAGUAUUCGACUUCAGUCGGAGGAUUCUCUUGGGCCCUUCACUUCACGUGGGAAAGCAUGCCUGAAGUGGAAAAGAAGAGGAGACAAAGCCCUACGGAGUACAUAAGGUCUCCCACCAUGGCUGGAGGACUUUUGGCUGCUAAUCGUGAGUACUUCUUUGAAGUUGGCGCCUAUGACGAAGAAAUGGAUAUAUGGGGCGGAGAAAAUCUGGAGAUAUCCUUCAGGGUGUGGAUGUGUGGCGGUUCGAUAGAGUUUAUACCGUGUUCUCAUGUGGGUCAUAUAUUUCGUGCUGGCCAUCCAUAUAAUAUGACAGGAAAAUUCAUCCUGGAUGAAAAUGUUAUAGCCUAUGGCACGUUGUUCACCACAGUCAAUGGUUUCCGUAUGUGCACCGACACACUGCAACGUGAUGAACAUUACUCGCAUAUGCUAGGAGUGUACCCAUGUCAAGGGAAAGGGAGUCCACCUCAAUUAAUGUCGCUAUCGAAAGCUGGGCACUUGCGUCGAGAAACCAAUUGUGCUGAAGUCAUUUUAACGGAGUCGUCAGAUAAGGGUAAGGUCAAUAUGGUCUCCUGCAGUGAGGGUAGUGCCGUUUGGAAAUACGAGGCAAGUCUACAUUGCAAUAGAAUGAGUGAAUCCGGAGAUGUAGUUGUAAUGCCAUGCGGUCCAGGACCACUACCUGAUGUCUCUUAUCCGCUUAGUGUCACAUAUUGUGGAGAAUGUUCGAUGCCGCUGGAGUAUUGCGAAUAUUCUGGAAUGACGGACAAGUGUCGAAAGUGGAGUGAAGAGAACGCCCCAGAAGCUCUUGAGGGAAUUGAGAUAAGCGAUGAAAAUCUUGAAGAGAAAAAGCAUCAAAAGAGAGGAGGUAAAGGGAUCGUAAAGGCUGUAAAGAAGAAGCCAGUAGCCGCAGGUACGAAGGUGACACUUCAGCGUGAACCACGAGGAAAGAAAAGUGUGACUGUUAUUAGAGGGCUAGCAACAUUUGAGAUUGACCUCAAACAGGCUUCAAAACUGUUCGCACAGAAAUUUGCGUGUGGUAGUUCGGUAACGGGUGCUGAUGAAAUCGUCAUACAGGGUGAUGUAAAGGACGAUUUGCUCGAUAUGAUACCAGCUAAAUGGCCUCAGGUACAAGAAGAGAUGAUUGAUGAUCUCGGGGAUAAGAAGAGGUAG